ACAGUUGCAAGCGGCGCAAGUGGGCAUCCUCUUCCUUCGGAAGUGUCUUCGGAGGAUCCCGUGAGGACAAAUGUGACAAUUGUGGUUGAGAUCGCAACGCACGUGACACGGUGCACUCACGCAUCACAAGUGCGACCGAUUUGCCGCGAGAUCGAGCGUGAGUGGAAGCGAGAGAGGAUUGUGAUCGUUGGGAGUGUCACAAUAGUACACGAAAAUUUUGGUUGGCAUCGGUCUGUUGGAGCGAGAGGGAAGAUCUUCCGUGCGUCAGAGUGAGAGAGAUAAGAAGAGGGAAAGAGAGAGGACACGACGGCCGUCGCGAGUCGACGCAGACUUUUUUCCCACAUCACAUUUCCCUUGCACCGGGUUUGAGGAGACAUAGAGAUAUCCUGCCAGUCCUCAGUUUUACGUGCGGAGUGUCCCAGAGAGUGCGUGUACCGUCCCAUCCUGCACGGUUCUGCAAAACAGGAAACUUCCGGAAGCACCGUGUCGCAAAACAAAACGCGAUCGGUAAAUGUAGAGGAGGCAGCGAGUAAAAGCAAAAAAUCGAGGGAGGAGAUCCGGUGGUUACUCCUGUGCGCUGUUGUUGUUUAUUUUCUCUCUCUCUCUCUAUCAUCCUUUGAUUCGCAUUCUCAACCCGUUGUUGACAAUCCGAGUAUCAUCAUUACCAUUAAGCAGAGAAGCAAAUGUCUUCGGGGAUGUAUGGUGGUGGAUGCUGAGCACCGCAAUUGAGGAGACGUCUGACAAUCGUAUAAUGAUGUUCCAGGAUUUGACAUAGACUGUAUUGCGCAGCUCGUUUGGGAACGGAGGAGAGAGUUGUUGAGAGUUUGUAUAAAUUCGUUGGUUUCCAAAGGGAAACGCAAGAGGACAAUCGUCCUCACGCACUUUCUCACCUACACUCUCCCUUUUGGUUGGUCGGUUCUUGGGAUUGAAACGGUCGGAGAUGCCGUCGGUGUUGGGAUCAGCCGCGUUGUCCACGUCAUCGGCGUUUUCGGUGCACGUCGACCAGGCGGCAAUCGCGCGGAUAUGCGCGACUGGGACGACAGCAGCAGCUGCCGCCGUCGGUGGUGGCGCCUGCUCCCCCACGCACAACAAGCCUCUGAAGACGGCGCAAGAGGUGACCGGAUUGCUGCAGGCCGGACGACGGCAGGACGUGAAGAACAUCCUCAGGACGAACGGAUGGGCGUGCGAUAGUCCGGUGAGGCCGGAACUUUGGCCCGCCCUCUGCGAGCAGCACUCCAAUGGCAAGAAGGUGGAUGCGGUUGCACCUGCUACACCAUCGACAACUGCCGCCGCCUCCGAGACGAUGGAUGGCUUCUACUGGGAUAUGGUGUCCCAGGUGUUCGGCUGCACCGAUCUGCCUGACCGUAGCAUCAGCCUACCCCCGUUCGUGGAGCCCGGCCACUGCCAGAGUUACUUCCUGACGAACAGGGGGCGGGCUGUCGCCGAUAGGGUCGUCUCUGUCCUGGGUUACGCCUGUCCCGACAUCGUCUACAGCCCAGGAAUCUACCCAAUUUGCGCGAUUCUCCUGCACUACAUGACAGAGGAGCAAUGCUAUCAUUGCAUGUCGAAUUUGGUAUCGUCUAAGGAGAAAAUGUUUAUUACUCAGACGAAGCAAUUGUACGAAGUUACAUGGAAGACUGUGAUGCAGAUUUGUAAGAAGCAUGUGAAGGCAGCUGCUGUCCACCUCCAACGACACUGCCCCAGCUCUCGGGUGGAACGCAUCUACAUGGACUGGAUCUGGUGGGUCCUACAGGAGCUGCCCUUCACGCACCUGGUUAGGGUGAUGGACUGUUUUUUCCACGAAGGUAUUAAGGUAUUAUAUAGAGUAGCGAUGGCCAUCCUCGUCCUAUUCCACAAGCACACGUCGACGAACGGUUUCGAUUGGACGUCGUACAUCCAGAAAAACGGCAUCGACGAUGCACUGAACAAGUUUUGCAGAGAAAUGACAUUGGCCACUAUACCCCCAAGCAAGAUUUUGAAGGUAGCUUUCGGAAUUCGUGGUCUGAGUUCUGCGUACAUUUCGCGGGUGUUCAUUCGGACGGAGAUGGUGGUGAAGAGUAAAUCUGUGAUAAAUGGACCGAGGCAGUUGGUGAAGUCCCGGUCCACUGAGAAUCUGCCGAACAGCCAGAGUCAGAACAACAUACAAAUGGUCUCGCACACACUCACCAUUCGCGAGAGAAUUUCGGAAGAGACGUACAAUGAAAUGGGUGCGCACUCUCCAGGGCCCCGGAUGAUCGCAGUCGGCGGUUAUCCCGUGCAAAAUGUUAAUUCUCACAUCCUGAGCCACCAAGACCUGUUGACUCUGUGGUCCUGGCUGCCUGUGAGGAUCACCAUGUAUCAACCCAUCCUCCUUUACACCACCGAAGAGCACGGAUGCUCUCUGACAACGUUCUACGUUAGAGUGGAACAGCACGAACCGACGCUCCUCAUGAUUAAAACCUGCAACAACGAGGUGUUUGGGGCGUAUUGUUCUUCUAAAUGGGGAGAGAGGAAUAUGAAAGACGACAGGGGCAACAGACAGGCGUACUUCGGUACGGGGGAGACGUUCCUGUUUUCCCUGUAUCCAGACCGCGCGAAGUACCCUUGGGUCGGCAUAGAGGGCGACAAGAAUUUGGGCCACGGAUCCGAGCUGUUCAUGGCCGCCGACUCGCGGAUGAUUACCAUUGGCGGCGGAGAGGGACAGGCAAUCUGGAUGGACGAGAACAUCCGAUACGGCAAGACGGACCACUGCCAGACCUUCAACAAUCCUCCUCUGUGUCCGAGCGGUGACUUCGAGAUCCGUGUUCUUGAGGUCUACGGAUUCUCGACGGAGCAUUGAGGAGGACACUGAUGGAAGGGGACGACGCCCAACAGAAACAAGUGCAACAAUAACAACAACAACGACUGUCUUCAUAUUACCUGUCGUCUUCUCUGAGCAAACGAACCAAAAAAAAAAACAUAAGAACAACGCAAUCCAUAGGUAUCUAUCUACGAGAAGGAAAAAUAAUUAUAAUUAAUCAAAAAAAAUACAUAUAUAUAUAUAUAUAAACUCCCAUUUACCCUCAAAAAAAUGAGAGACCGAAACAUUUUCAAAAAUUAUACUCAAGCCGAUCCGGAAUUAUAAGAUGACUAGAGCCUCCCACUUCACAAAAUCCAUCAUUUUAUUUAUUUUACUCUAUUUUUUUCCGUUUUGUAUGUUUCAUUUUACAUUUUAAGUUUCCGCAAUAUUUUGUCAUUAUUAUUAUCAUUAUUUUUCUCUCCAUCUCAAUUUUUACUUAGUCUUCAGGAGAUUCACAUAUUUUUUUUAAUUUAUUUUUCCAUUCCACGCCAUCUCUUGUCUCACGAUCAUUAUCCCAGUUUGCAACUAAUUUAUUUUUUUUGUUGUGCUUUCGUUUUCUUUUUCAAAUGACAAACACGCUACUAGAUUCUAGUCGAUCGCGAAACUACUUUUAGUUUAUAUUCUUCUUAUAUAUUUUUUUUCUUCUGCAAAUAGCUCACUUAAACUGGGAAUUAGCGUUAAGUUUAAUCACACCACUUGCAAAUUUUGCAAUUUGACAUGCGGCAAAAGUGUAGUCGAUCGAUGCAAAAAAUUAGUUCAUUUGAAUUAUUUUUUAUAUACAUAUGAUUCUUGCAAUGAUGAAAUGAAAUGAGUUAGUAGUAAAGACUACGAAAACUUCCGCCACAAAGAGAUGAGCACAUUCCUCGUUAAUGUCAGAGGAAACCAAUUGUUCGUUUUAGUUUCGUGUACAUAUUUAAUAAUACUACCAAUGUUUGUUCUUCUUUUCGUUUGUUUUUUUGUUAAUAUAUAUGUUAUUCAUAUAUUUACGAACUUUGCUGUGUAGUAGUUUUGAUAGAUUGCAAACACGAACAUAUCGCAAGAGGCGGCAAAUUAUAAAAAAAUAAGUAUUUCAGAUUCAAGUUUUUUCUUCAUCUUACGAAUUAGUUUUAAACGCACAGCUUUCUGUCCACGUGAACUGUCCUUGUGUGCGCACUAUAUCCUCAUCUCAUCCUAAACAAAACAAAAAUAAAUCGUUCGCCCUUUCCGUCAAGUCAUGUAUAAAAAUUAAAAACAAUUGACAAACGGAGAUGCUUUACAAGUUGUUAACAAAUCUAGUUGUUUCUGAGCUUGAAUAGAACUUCGACUUAGCAAUUCAUCCUCCAAUUCAUACGAUAUAAUAUAGAUAUUUAUAUACGAUUUUCGUUUGUUCUUUUCUUUCUUUUUCGCGCGCCGGGAAAGAAAAACUUUGUUAUGUAUUUUUAAACAAAAAAAAACCUAAUUUAUUACUUUUGUUUCCAUUUUUUUUAUAUUAUGAUCAUCGUGCAUCAUCGUAUACUUAUUUGUUGUUUAUUUUUACUUCAAUCUUUUGUUUGUUUAUUAUUAUUACUAUAUUUUUUUUUUGUUUGCUUUCCAUCUGUUGAAUUCUAGUUUAACUAUUGGUGAGCAAUAACCAAUGUGAUACGAAAAUACGUUUUGUGUAUAGACGGCCACGGUACAAUUG